CCUCCUCCUCCUCCUCCUCCUCCUCAAGAUUGCCUUGGAAUGCGUCGAGAAGCUCCUCCUGCCGGAUGAUGAACAUGUCGGAGGAUUGUUCGGUGCUCGAUCCGUUGAUGUAUCAUCCGGAGUCGAGGUGGAUCAGCGAGGCCUUCAUCGGCGAUAACGAGGGCCUCGCCCGCGUCCUCCGGAUCUCCCCCUCCGACACCUCCUCCUCCGGCGCCUUCCAUGACAUCCACUCCUCAUCUUACCCCCUCCCCGUCCAACACCAACUCGAUCCUCCCUCCUUGGCCGACGCCGUCUGCCGCCGGGUGAACCCCCUUGGCCCCCAACCAGCGGCCAGGGUCUCGAAACGGCUGCGUAGGUCGCGCCCGUCGAAGCGGUCGCCGACCACAUACAUCAAAGCCGACCCUGCCAAUUUCCGAGAGAUGGUGCAGUGGGUCACCGGGGUCCGGCUCGGCGACGAGGAACCGGGCGAGCCGCCGAUGCUGCCCGCGGUGGCCGCCCGCAACCCCUCGCAGCAGCUCUUCCUGCCUACGCUCGAUACGUCAGCGGUCUUCCUGGGCUUGGGAGAGCCCGUGCCGGUCUCCGCCGGCUCGUUGGUGCCACCGACCUCCGAUUUCGACUCGCUGUUCCCAGGCUUUCCGACCCUCGAAUCGUGGGGCGUUAUGUAGUGGAUGCUCUUUUAGACGUCUGAUGGGAAUCGAACGGAUGGGAGAUCUCUCUCUCUCUUUCCUGCCUGUUUAUUUAAUAGUACUGUUGUUAGAUGCUUUUUUUCCAACCGUUGUGGUGGUAAGUGUCAAGGUGUUUAGUUAUAUUAAGGUAUU